CCCUGGGGACAGCUGGGGCGGAGAACAGCAGGGGGAAUGAGGCGGGUUACAGUCCCCAGCCAGGGUGGGUGGGACCGUGGGACUCAGACACCCACACAGCUCAGAGCUGCUCACACACCCACAGCACAGCGCUGUGGCACACGGCAACCGAGACCCCUGGAGAGCCUGGCACCACCGUGGGCACCCUGACCCUGCCUUAUUUUCACGGGGUGCAAUGGCACCAGGCAGAAGGGAUGCGUGUCACAGGAGGGGGGCAGUGGGGACGUGUGCCACAGCCCAGGCUGCCCUCUGCAAGGCCACRGCUGGACACCGGCAGCUGGUGCUGCAGCUCGGAGGGAGUGGAGACAGCCCUCGGCUGCGUGAGGAGCGACGCAGGAGGAGCACAGAGGCCUGYGAGCUCAGUAUGGGGCUGCGGCGGGCGCUGCUGGUGGGGCUGCGGCAAGCACCAGUGAGCUCUCUGGAGCAGCAGGAGCUGGAACGGCUGUGGGUGCUCUUCCUGUCUGCCCUGGAGCUCUUCCUGCAGGACCUGUACAGAGCCCAGCACCUCUGCCAGCUCUUCUCCACCCAAGGGGAUGGUGUCACCCCACUGCGYACCGGGCUGGGGGGCUGGGGGCUGCCCAGCCGGCGAGGAGGGGGUCCCACACAGCCCCCAACCACCCAGUGCUUGGAGGAGGAGAUCGAGCAGGUGAGGGCCACGCUGGCAGAGAUGGAGAGUGGAGCCAACAUUCCSCCAUGGACGGUGGAAGCCACGGAGACCACAAAGCCAGCAGGGAUGGAUGGCACCACAGCCAGAGGGGCUUGGGGAGGCCCCUGCACUGGGCACUGCUGUGGGGUGCUCUGAGCUGGGGGAGGCAGGAAAUAGCAGAGGUGGCACCCCCAGCACAGAGCAAGGGACAGAGGCCCUCUGUACCCCCUCCCUUUGCAUCCUGCAGAAGAAAUGGGGCCAGUCCAGGUCCCCAAAUAUUGAUAAUGCCCCUGUGAGCCUACAGGGGUCAGUGUCACUUCCACCCUCCCUGCCCACACUCAUAGGGGCCUCUGGGCACUCAGAGUGUGCCUGGCUGCCACAGAAUCCCCUGCAGGAGUUAUAAACGUGCAUUUAUUUAUA